AUGGCGGACGUCAUGGAGAUGAACGCUUCAUCUCGGGACUCGGCCCUGCGCCGGCCGCCCGAUCGAUGCCGCACGGCGAGCGCUCCAGGGCGGCAGUCUGGGGGCUUCGGGGUGAUUCCCGUGAUCAAGUCUUCAUCAGAGGGCUUGAGGGUGAUCGCCGAGCUGUCCCACGUUGAACCUAACGUCUUCCUGCGGCCCUUCCUGGAGGUGGUCCGCUCCGAGGACACCACCGGACCAAUCACAGGCCUCGCUCUCACCUCCGUUAACAAGUUCCUGUCCUACGGCCUCAUCGACUCGAACCAUGAAGCGGCGGCCGAGGCCAUCGAGAACAUGGCGGACGCCGUGACGCACGCCCGCUUCGUGGGGACGGACCCGGCCAGCGACGAGGUGGUCCUGAUGAAGAUCCUGCAGGUCCUCCGGACGCUGCUGCUGACGCCCGUCGGAGCUCACCUGACCAACGAGUCGGUGUGUGAGAUCAUGCAGUCCUGCUUCAGGAUCUGCUUCGAGAUGCGGCUGAGCGAGCUGCUCAGGAAGUCAGCGGAACACACUCUGGUGGACAUGGUGCAGCUGCUGUUCUCCAGGUUGCCACAGUUCAAAGAGGAGGCCAAGAGUUUUGUUGGUGCCAACAUGAAGAAGGCUUACAAUAUCUUGUGGAAAAACAAACGUGUCCAGCUGAAGAUGCGAGCAGGAGGGAUGAGCGAGUCGUCCAAGUGGAAGAAGCAGAAGCGCUCACCCAGGCCUCCUCGCCACGUGGUCCGGAGUCCGUCCGGCCAGAUGGAGCCCAGCAGCCUGAGCAACAACAACCUGUCAGGUGGAGUCCCGUUCCUGGAGCAGGGCCUGGCCGGCCUCCCCGCCUCCGACAGCAGCUCCUCCGUCUCCAGCCCCGCCACCGACAGCGGCCUGGACACCUGCUCCAAGGCCACGUCCAGAGAGGACCUGUCCGACCUGGAGCAGACCACGCCCGGCCCGCCCGGCCCGGCCGCCCCGCUGCCCGGCCCCGACGCCCCCGCCCCCGCCCCCGCCCUGGAGGCACAGGGUGAAGCCCGGCAGGCGGAGCCGGCCCAGUCGGCCUCGGUGGAGUCCAUCCCGGAGGUGCUGGAGGACAGAGAGUCCGUCCCGGAGCAGUCCGACGGCGUCUCGGUCCACGACAUGGACUACGUCAACCCCCGAGGAGUGCGCUUCACCCAGUCCACGCAGAGAGACGGAGCCUCGCUGGUCCCGUACGGCCUGCCCUGCCUCCGGGAGCUCUUCCGCUUCCUCAUCUCGCUGACCAACCCGCACGACCGCCACAACACCGACGCCAUGAUGCACAUGGGCCUGCAGCUGCUGACGGUGGCGCUGGAGGCGGCGCGCAUCUCCACCUACCAGUCCCUGCUGGUGCUGGUGAAGGACGAGCUGUGCCGGCACCUGUUCCAGCUGCUCAGCGUGGACCGGAUCAACCUGUACGCCUCCUCCCUCCGGGUCUGCUUCCUGCUCUUCGAGAGCAUGAGGGUCCACCUGAAGUUCCAGCUGGAGAUGUACCUGAAGAAGCUGAUGGACAUCAUCACGUCGGAGAACAUCAAGAUGCCGUACGAGAUGAAGGAGAUGGCUCUGGAGGCGCUGGUGCAGCUGUGGAGGAUCCCCAGCUUCGUCACCGAGCUCUACAUCAACUACGACUGCGACUUCUACUGCUCCAACCUGUUCGAAGACCUCACCAAGCUGCUGUCCAAGAAUGCCUUCCCGGUGUCGGGGCAGCUCUACACCACCCACCUGCUGUCCCUGGAGGCGCUGCUGACCGUCAUCGACAGCACCGAGGCCCACUGCCAGGCCAAGGUCCUGACCAGCUCCGCCCAGCAGGACCCGGGCCAGCACCCCCUGCUGGCCGAGGCCGACGCCACGGCCAGAGUCCCGGCGGACUCCGCCUCCGAUCCCAGCAGACCUGGAACCACCAACGGUCCCAGUCCUCCGGCGGCCGACGGCGCCGCGGCCCGUCCUCCGACCAGCGGACACCUGAUGGCAGACCAGAUGAGGCUGGGCCGCCAGGACCCGGGAGACCCCGAGCCAGCUGACAAGAGAACUCCCAAGAAGCCCCCCAGGUUCUCCUGCUUCCUGCCAGACUCCCAGGAGCUGCUGGAGAUCCGGACCAAGAAGAAGCUGCUGAUCACCGGCACGGAGCAGUUCAACCAGAAGCCGAAGAAGGGCAUCCAGUUCCUGCAGGAGAAAGGCCUGCUCAGCAGUCCCAUGGACAACAGCCAGGUGGCGCAGUGGCUGCGGGAGAACCCCCGGCUGGACAAGAAGAUGAUCGGGGAGUACGUCAGCGACCGGAAGCACGUGGAGCUGCUGGACUGCUUCGUCAACACGUUCGCCUUCCAGGGCCUCCGGAUCGACGAGGCCCUGCGUCUGUACCUGGAGGCCUUCAGGCUGCCUGGAGAAGCUCCGGUCAUCCAGAGACUGCUGGAGACCUUCACCGACAACUGGCAUAAAGUGAACGGUUCUCCGUUCUUGACCACUGACGCAGGCUUUGCUUUGGCCUAUGCUGUCAUCAUGCUGAACACCGACCAGCAUAACCACAAUGUCCGCAAGCAGAACAUCCCCAUGACGGUGGAGCAAUUCAAGAAGAAUCUGAAGGGAGUGAACGGGAACAAAGACUUCGACCAGGACAUGCUGGAGGACAUCUACAACGCCAUCAAGAACGAGGAGAUCGUGAUGCCGGACGAGCAGACGGGCCUGGUGAAGGAGAACUACGUCUGGAGCGUGCUGCUGCACCGCGGAGCUACGCCCGAGGGGCUGUUCCUCCACCUGCCGGCGGGCAGCUACGACCACGACCUGUUCUCCAUGACGUGGGGCCCCACCAUCGCCGCCCUCUCCUACGUCUUCGACAAGAGCCUGGACGACGCCAUCCUCCAGAAGGCCAUCACGGGCUUUAGGAAGUGUGCCAUGAUCGCAGCUCACUAUGGCUUCAGCGACGUCUUCGACAAUCUGAUCAUCUCCCUGUGCAAGUUCACCACCCUGAGCAGCGAGGCCGUGGAGAACCUUCCCACCGUGUUCGGCAGCAACCUCAAAGCUCAGACGGCGGCCAAGACGGUGUUCGACCUGGCUCACCGGCACGGCAACAUCCUGCGGGAGGGCUGGAAGAACAUCAUGGAGUCCAUGCUGCAGCUGUUCAGGGCCGAGCUGCUGCCCAAAGCCAUGGUGGAGGUGGAGGAUUUUGUGGAGCCCAACGGUAAAAUUUCCCUCCAGAGGGAGGAGACCCCUUCCAGCCGGGGCGAGUCGGCCGUGCUGAGCUUCGUCAACUGGCUGACGCUGAGCGGAGCCGAGCAGUCCGGACUCCGAGGACCGUCCACCGAGAACCAGGAGGCCAAGCAGGCCGCCGUGCUCUGCAUCAAGCAAUGCGACCCGGAGAAGCUGAUCACCGAGAGCAAGUUCCUGCAGCUGGAGUCUCUGCAGGAGCUCCUGAAGGCGCUGAUCUCCGUCAGUCCCGAUGAAGAGACGUACGACGAGGAGGACGCCGCCUUCUGCCUGGAGAUGCUGCUGCGCAUCGUCCUGGAGAACCGGGACCGGGUGUCCUGUGUGUGGCAGACGGUGAGGGACCACCUGUGCCAGCUGUGUGUCCACGCCAACGAGAGCUGCUUCCUGGUGGAGCGGGCGGUGGUGGGCCUGCUGCGCCUCGCCAUCCGCCUGCUGCGGCGCGAGGACAUCAGCUCGCAGGUGCUGCUGUCCCUGCGUCUGCUGCUCAUGAUGAAGCCGGCGGUCCUGUCCCGGGUCAGCAGGGAGGUGUCCUACGGCCUCCACGAGCUGCUGAAGACCAACGCCGCCAACAUCCACUGCACCGAGCACUGGUACACCCUCUUCUCCCUGCUGGAGUGCAUCGGCGCGGGAAUCAAACCGCCGCCCUCCUUCAGGAUGGCCUCGUCCUCCACCGACCACGACGCAGGCGCCCAGUCGGACAGCGAGCUGAGCUCGCACCACCCCAGCGAGGCCAGCCUGGACCGAGGAUACACCUCCGACUCCGAGGUCUACGCCGAGCACAGCAAGACCAGGAUGCCCCGGUCCAGCACCGAGCUGGACGUGGCCAGCAGCGGGUGGCUGGUGGUGGGCAGGGACGACCUGGAGACGGGGCGCGGCCCGGCGGUGAAGCCCCCCAUGACCCACCCCCUGGUGAACCAGUACAGCCUGACGCUGGGCCAGGACCUGGGCCAGCACGACACCAAGUCCCUCAUCAAGUGCGUGGAGACGCUGUCCUUCAUCGUCAGGGACGCCGCGCACGUCACCCCCGACAACUUCGAGCUGUGUGUCCGAGCCAUACGGGUGUUCGUGGAGGCCAGCCUUAACGGAGGCUACAGAAACCACGACAAGAAGAAGAGCCACAAGUACGACUCGUCCAAGUCUCGGAUGAGGAAGAAGGCGGGGGGGCGGGAGAAGGACGGCGGGGGGGCCGCCAGGCGGGGCGGCGGCAGCAGGGCGUCCAGCCAGCGGCCGUCACGCUCCCACAGCGACGACGAGGAGGACGAGGGCGUCCCGGCCAGCUACCACACGGUGUCAUUACAGCUCCUGGACCUGAUGCACACCCUGCACACCCGCGCUGCCAGCAUCUACAGCUCCUGGGCCGAGGAGCAGCGCCACCUGGAGGCCUCCGGCAGGAGGAUCGAGGCCGACUCCCAGACCCUGUGGACCAGCUGCUGGUGCCCCCUGCUGCAAGGCAUCGCCUGGCUCUGCUGCGACGCCCGGCGCCAGGUGCGCAUGCAGGCCCUCACCUACCUGCAGAGGGCGCUGCUGGUCCACGACCUGCAGACCCUGGACGCCGCAGAGUGGGAGUCCUGCUUCAACAAGGUGCUCUUUCCCUUGCUGACUAAGCUGCUGGAUAACAUCAGCCCAGCAGAUGUUGGAGGGAUGGAGGAGACCAGGAUGAGGGCCUGCACCCUGCUGUCCAAGGUGUUCCUCCAGCACCUGUCCCCCCUGCUGUCCCUGCCCACCUUCGCCGCCCUCUGGCUCACCAUCCUGGACUUCAUGGACAAGUACAUGCAUGCAGGGUCCAGCGACCUGCUGCUGGAGGCCAUCCCGGAGUCUCUGAAGAACAUGCUGCUGGUCAUGGACACGGCGGGGAUCUUCCACAGCGCCGACUCCCGGACCGGCUACUCCGACCUGUGGGAGAUCACCUGGGAGCGCAUCGUCUGCUUCCUGCCCCACCUGAGGGAGGAGCUGUUCAAGCAGACCGUCAUCCCAGAUCCUGCACCCAGUCCUCCAGCAGAACCUGUUCAUCCCACCACGCCCCCUGCAGGCCGACCUCCUUCACCUCCAGGGUCUCCUCCUCCUGCUCAGCCCCCCUCCCCCGUCCCGGUCCCGGGGAGUCCCUCAGAGGCUCCGCCCUCCAGCAGGCCUUCCUCUCCUCAAGAGCCUCAAGCAGCCGGGACGAGCGGGUCGGACCGCUCCUCCCCCGGACCCCCGGCCCCCAGCCCGGCCCCCAGCCCGGCCCCCUCCCCCCUCAUCCUGCAGCCCCUGGCCUCCCCCUUACAGGUGGGCGUGCCCCCCAUGUCCCUGCCCAUCAUCCUCAACCCCGCCCUGAUCGAGGCCACGUCCCCCGUCCCCCUGCUGCCCGGGCCCCGCCCCUCCAGCCCCUCCAGCCCCACCGGGCCCUCCGGCCCCUCUGACGAGGCCAAGUAGAGGCUCCGCCUCCCAGCUCCCAUCAUGCUCUCUGUUGGCCGGACCCCAUCCUGAGACCAGCUGGAGGGACUGAGCUGUGAGCCGUCUCCACUCUGACCUCUGACCUCUGACACCUGGGUCUCCAGACACGCCGCUCCAGCUCCCAUCGCAGGACGUCACACCUGUGUGUGUGUGUGUGUGUGUGUGUGUGUGUGUGUGUGUGUGUGUGUGUGUGUGUGUGUGUGUGUGUGUGUGUGUGUGUGUGUGUGUGUGUGUGUGUGUGUGUGUGUGUGUGUGGUGUGUCAGUGUAAAGUGGGGCCCGUGGCAUUCUCUCCUCGUAUAUCUUAUUUAUUAAGUGGAUACAGGUGAUGGAGUGUGUGUGUGUGUGUGUCCUGCGGCCAUACACAGCCUCCUGUGUGGAGCUGUGUGUGUUCAGGAUCUGAGUCCUGAACAGGAAGUGACAUCAUGAAUAUGUAAAUAUUAUAUAUAAUAAAUCUAUAAAUGACAGCCGAUGUACUUUUUACGAUGUAAUAAACCUGAUGGAACCUCA